UGGUGUUUUCUUUUGAAUUUAUUUGCGGAUGGCUGUUUUGAUGCCACUUUUAAUUUAACGUGUUUACGGUAGGAUUAUAUUUUUGAAAUUGUGUGCUCGGAAAUACAGAGUUAAGGUGAAGAGUUCUCCUGUGUUACAUUUGGGGUUGAAAACCUGCUCUCUCCAUUCCCCAUCCAACUGUAAUACAUUUGCAGUCGCUGCCAUCUCUGAUAGAACAAUGUCGAAUAUUCCCCAAGUUACCGGAGGACGGGUUCCUGUUGAUGCAAAGAAAACAACCCAAAAGAAUGACAUGAAGGAAAGAGCACUCGGAACUUCUUCGGUUAAGUCUCUCCAAAAAUAUGAUGUUCUCAAACAAAAAGAAAACAUACCGAGAAAAAAUGUUCUCCCGAAAGUUUACAAAGGGUACGAACUGCAGGCAGAACUCAAGGAGCAAAAUCGAGAAUUGGCGGCUGUCAAAGAGCAACUGGAGAAAAACCUCACAGAAACACAGGAAAGGGUUUGCCAUUUGCAACAGCAGUUCAGCGACCUUGAAAAGGAGAAUUCUGAGGUGCAGAAAAACCUGAAGGACUGUCAGAUAAUCUUAUUAGCUGCAAAAAUAGACCCUAUUUCAGGAGAAGUUGUUGCGCGAAUUGCACGUGAGAAUGAAGAACAAAGAAAAGAAGCUGUGAGUCUCUCCGCAGACCUGUUGAAUGAAUUAAAAGCUUUUGGCGACAUCGCAACUCAGCACCAUUCUCGCAUGCAGGAAAUCCAGAAAACAUUGGUUGACCUGACUGAAGCACGUGAGCAAAUGAUGCGAGAGAGAGAGACUUUCACUGUGGAAGCUGCCGACUUGGAAACCGCUCUAAUGGAGGCGGAGUCUCUCAUUAUAAAUUUGUGAAGUUGUUUUGUCACAAUGGAUUCACAUCACAAUAUGGCUUUAGAAGUAUUCAUGUGAGCACGUGCAUUAUGAUUUUAAAUGUUAGUGUUGUUCAGUCUUAUUAAAUAAUUAUGUUUCUUA